AAACUGCGGGAUCGCCGCACCGCCCACAGCCCCGCCGGGCAGCGCGGGCAGCACCGGACAGCGCUGAAAGCCCCGGCGGCAACGGGCAGCACCGGACAGCGCCGGGCAGGCUCCCUUCUCAGCGACAGCUACAGCUGGGCACCUCAGUGGAAAGAUGAACCCCACCGUGGGCAUUGCUGUCAUCCUGACAGUUCUCCAGGCUGCCAACUGCCAGAUGAUCAAGGACCUGAGUGCCUGCUUGCUGGGCCAGAGCCUCCGGGUGGACUGCCAUUAUGAGAACAAAACCAGCAACCCCCUGACCUACGAGUUCAGCAUCACCAAGGACAACAGGAAGCAUGUCAUCCACAGCACCAUCAGCGUCUCCGAGAACAUCUACCGCAGCCGAGCCAACGUCACCAUGCACAAGAACCUGGUGUGCCUCUACCUGCAGGGCUUCACCACCAGUGAUGAGGGGGUCUACAUGUGUGAGCUGAAGGCUACCAACGAUUACACUGGCAACCAGAUAAAGAACAUCACUGUUAUCAAAGACAAACUGGAGAAAUGCGCCGGCUUCAGCCUCUUGAUCCAGAACACUUCGUGGCUGCUGCUGCUUCUCCUUUCCCUGCCUCUCCUGCAAGCCGUGGACUUCGUGUCCCUGUGAAACGAGGAGCGCGCACCCGCAGGCACCCGCACGCACUCAGGCGCACGCACGCACACACCCGGUACCCCAGCCCACCCGCCUCCCCCCGCCAGAACGCAACCCUGGGGAAGAGAAGCUGAACCAUUUGGAACAAGGGGAACCUCUCUCUCUGUGUUAUCUCUAUAUAAGCCGUAUAUCUAACGCUGACCACUGUCCUGUGCAUCACACGCACACCUGCCCCGCUCCGAAGCAUGGUGGCUCUGCUAGGCAGCACUGCUUCCCCAUCACACCUCCCCGCUGGGCAGGCUGGCUGCUUUGCUCCUGUUGGGAAUACUGGAGACUCGGCCCCACACGCUUCUCCCGACCCUUUAAUUUUGGGGGUUUGCCUGUUCUCAAAUGGGGGAAAAACACCCAGCUGGAUUGGCAGGUAAGAAGAGAGAGAGAGGUGAUGCGAGAGGGUGUGAGGGGUCCCCUUGCUGGGUGCUGUGCCCACAGCCCCUGGAGGAGAUGGGGCUGCCAGCAUCCCCAGCCCACCCUGCCCUCUAACCACAUGGCUUACUGAUUUCUCAGCCUGCCUCCUCGCCCUGAGUCACCCCAAGCUGCCGUGACUGGGAGGGGACACUAGGCAAGUCCUGUCUUAAAUUAAGCAGGGAGGAGACAGAAUGAGCAGGGGAGGCAUGGUAUGAUACUGGACCUGGGCAAGUUGGAAGGAGAGAAGGUCCAGGAGGCACCCAACAAAUGCCCCUGCCUCCUUCAGGAUCUUCUAGGACACUGGGAGGGAGCUCCUUGGAAGUGUGCUUUGGCAGCAAGUUUUUCCUAAUCUGUUUUUUUACAGCUGAGCUGGAAGUGAGGCCUCCUCCAGACAUCACCAGGUACCUUUGGGUUGCCUGAGCCCAAGACACUACUUGAUCUCCCUGGGGACCAGCCCUUAGCUGUGACGAGAGCUGCCAGCACCCGCUCACAGUGGAGGCAAGCAGAGCCUCUCUGAGCUAGCCACAGCCCCACCUUCACCCCAGGGGCUCUCAGAGCUACAUCCAGGCAGGCUGAUGGGGAUGGGUCUUCCUUACGAGAGUGUGAUCCCAAGGUCACUGCAGGGAUCUCUCACUCUGUCUUCCCGAAGGAAACAUCUGGGAGCUCUGGAUCCUUCCUCAUGGCACACAUCCCAGUGCCUGGACCCAGGGAGGCUUAGCAGCCUUCCUCCAGUGCAGUCUUCCACCAGUCCCUGGGAGAAGCCCAUGUGCCCCCUCUCUUCUCUCUCCCCUGUUUCAGCAUUUCCCUGUCCCAUUUAAGAGCAGAAGAGUGCCUGAGGGCAGCCCAGCUCUUGGCCACUGCCUCCCCAAGUCCAGUACCUUCCCAGGGGUCGUCAAGAGCUGGGAGAAGGAUGCACAGCUCACCUCUGCCAACCCAGCCCUGUCCCCAUGGCCCUGGGGACCCCGGGGUGUGGCACAGGGGUAGGGGAAGAUGCAGGCAGGACCCUCCUUGUCCCUGGGGUGAACACCAGCCCCACCUGAGCUGUGCCACCGCCGCAGAGCGCCAUCCACAGCAGCAGCUUCCCCCCUCUCCUCACUCUUCUCCAGACUCCUUGAGCUGCCUCCUGCUCCCCUGCCUGUUCCCUGCCCUUCCCUGCCUGCUUGCUUGCUGUCUAGUGCUGCUGAGGCCAUGUAUAGCUGAGGUCUGGCGUCACCCAGCUCCCUGGGCUUGCUGGUGAGCACUGGGGCAGGUGCAGAGCUCAGCCGGCAGAGCUCGAGUCUCAUUAUUAUUUUUUUUUUUCUGGUGAACAUUUGUAGUUGUUUCCACAGCUUGUCGUAAAAGAAAUUCUGUUAAGGGGAAGGGGGGGGGAAAGAAAAAGAAAAAAAAAAAAAAGAAAAAAAUAUAGAACCCUACAAAAAGCAACAAUGACAACAAAAAAAUCCCUUUCCUCCAGGAGUGUUCCUCUGUCUGCACAAUAAAACCCUAGGUUGUG